GCGGUGGUGGACUUCAAGGCGGGCAAGGUGGAGUACCGGGCGGACAAGACGGGCAUCGUGCACGUGCUCUUCGGCAAGGCCUCCUUCUCCAACGACGACCUCCUCACCAACCUCGUUGCCGUCGCUAACUCUGUGGAUGCGAAUCGCCCACCAGGCGCCAAGGGAGUGUACUGGAAGACAGCAUACAUCUGCGCUACAAUGGGCCCGUCUGUUCGUGUAAAUGUGUCUGCCUUGAGGGACUUCAAGCUGCCCACUGCCUCAUCACCUUUCUGGGGCGCCUACGGCCCCCGUCCCCUCCCCUUUCCCCCCCCCUCACUGUUCCUAUGCUUUCAAGCAGCGCAGCUUGGCUCGGAGCAGCGCAGUGUGUUCACGGUGGGCAGCAGCGUGUGGGUGCCGGACGAGGAGGAUGCAUGGGCGGAGGGCGAUGUGGUGGGCGUCAAGGAUGGCGCAGGGGCAGGGGCUGCGGGCGGGCAGGUGGUGGUGCGCACUAUAGGGAAGAAGAAACGCGAGGUGACGGUAGCAGCGGGUGCGUGUUACGCACGGGAGGAGGAUGGGGGAAUCAUGGACGACAUGGUCAAGAUGGCCUACCUGCACGAGCCAGGGGUGCUCUGCAACCUCAUGCUGCGCUACCAGCGCAACCUUAUUUAUACGUACACGGGCAGCAUUUUGAUUGCAGCAAACCCCUUCAUGCGCAUCCCAGGCAUCUACGACCGGGAGAUGAGGGAGGCGUACAGAGGGGCUCAGAUCGGUGACCUCAGCCCACACGUGUUUGCCAUUGCUGAUAAUGCGUACAGAGCCAUGGUGGACGAUAAGCGCAGCCAGUCGAUUCUGAUUAGCGGAGAGAGUGGGGCGGGCAAGACAGAGACGACAAAGCUGGUGAUGGAGUAUCUGGCAUCGGUGGGGGGACGGUCCGAGGCGACUGAGGGGCGCAGCAUUGAAAGCCAAGUGCUGGAGUCAAACCCAUUGCUAGAAGCCUUUGGCAACGCCAAGACAGUGCGCAAUGACAACUCGAGUCGCUUCGGCAAGUUCAUCGAGAUCCAGUUCGACCAGCGCGGCCGCGUGUCUGGUGCUGCCAUCCGCUCCUACCUUCUAGAGCGGUCCAGAGUGGUGCAGAUAGCAGACCCCGAGCGCAACUACCACUGCUUCUACCAGCUCUGUGCGGGUGCAUCCACUGAGGAGGCAGAGAAAUACCGGCUGCCACCAGGGCCGAACAGGGCGGAAAAGUUUCACUACCUGAAGCAGAGCAAGUGCAUUGAGCUGGAGGGGAAGCGCAGCAACGCAGAGGAAUAUGUGAUAACGCGGAAUGCCAUGGACGUUAUUGGGAUCUCCCAGGACGAACAGGCAUCGAUAUUCGGCAUAGUGGCAGCAAUUCUGCAUCUGGGAAACGUGGAGUUCAAGGAGAAGGGCGACAAGAUGCGGAUUGCCAAGCACUCGGAAGAGAACCUCGAGAACGUCGCCCACCUGCUCUCGUGUGACAAGAAGAAGCUGCAGGAGUCGCUGUGCACGAUGAAGCGCAAGGUGGGAGGCGAGGUGAUCAAGAGCUAUUUGGACGAGAAGGGCGCGGUUGUGCGCCGAGACACGCUCGCUAAGACACUCUACUCCAAGCUCUUUGACUGGAUAGUGGAGAAGGUGAAUCGGUCCAUUGGGCAGGACGCCAAUUCCAUGGCUCUCAUUGGCGUGCUUGAUAUUUACGGCUUCGAGCACUUCAAACUCAACAGCUUUGAGCAGUUCUGCAUCAAUCUGGCCAAUGAGAAGCUCCAACAGCAUUUUAACCAGCACGUGUUGAAGCUGGAGCAGGAGGAGUAUGAGAGGGAGGAGAUCAACUGGAGCUACAUCAACUUCAGAGACAACCAGGACGUGCUCGACCUUGUGGAAGGGGACAAGGGCAUUCUCACACUGCUCGAUUCAGCUUGCAAGCUAGCCCAGUCCACACCCGAGUCCUUCACCAUGUCUCUCUACGACGCCUUUCUGAAGCACGAGCGAUUCACCAAGUCCAAGGGCUCUGUCACGGAUUUCACACUGGAGCACUACGCAGGGCGAGUCAAGUACAGCACGGUGGACUUCAUCAGCAAGAACCUCGACGCCGUGGUAUCAGAGCACGAGGCGCUGCUGCAGAAGUCCACCGAUCCCUUUGUGGCCGCGCUCUUCCCCGCGGUUCAAGAGGAGGUGAAGGAGGGGGGCGGGAAGGGCGGCAAGGCCACCACCAAAUUCGCUUCUCUUGGGAAGUCGUUCAAACUACAACUGGCACAGCUGAUGGAGACGCUGAACCGCACAGAACCGCACUACAUCCGGUGUAUUAAGCCCAACUCCAAGAGCCGACCAGCGCUGUUUGAGAAGAGCAUGGUGGUGGAGCAGCUGCGAUCGGGGGGAGUGUUGGAGGCCAUUCGCAUGUGCUCGGCGGGCUACCCCACUCGCCGCCUCUUUGACGACUUUAUCGACAGAUUCUCGCUGCUCGUGCCCACCCUCUUUGACAAGGAGAUGUCAGACCCCGAGUACGUGGAGGUCAUUCUGCGCCAUGCCAAGCUGGAGAACUACCAGAUCGGCAAGUCGAAGAUAUUCCUGCGGGCGGGGCAGAUGGCUCUAAUGGAGACGUGCCGUCUCGAGAUAAUGAACGCUGCUGCUGCCCGCAUUCAGCGUGCCACGCGCCGCUUCCUCUUCCACCUGCACCGCGCCCGCGCCGCCCUCUGCAUCCAGAAGCUCUGGCGCGCCUACAAGGCACGGCUGUUUGUGUACCACCUGCGGCAGCGCCUGGCAGCAACGUGCAUCCAGAGAAUGGAACGGGGCCGGCAGCAGCGCAUGCGCUUCCUUGUGCUGCGACGGGCUGCAAUCACCAUCCAAGCCAAGUACCGCAUGCAUCUGUAUCGCAUGCGCUACCUGCACAUGCGGGAUAACCUUGCUGCCACCUGCAUUCAGUGUCACUGGCGCGGCUAUGCGGCUCGGAAGCCAUGGAAGGCCCUGCGGCAGUACUUCUUUGCACGCCUGGCCAGGCUGCGAUAUAAGAACCUCAAGCUGGAGGCGACUCGCAUUGCUGAGCUGGCGCCGCCACGCAAGAAGACGGAGGUAGCAAUGGAUACGAUUCGCAUGAUGGUGCUGCGCGUGCAACGAGACAAGGCAGAAAAGGGGCGGCAUGCGUUGGAACGCCAGCUGGUAGAAGCACGAGAGGAGGUGGAGCUGCGGGGUAGGGAGAUUGCGGCACGCGGCAGGGAGAUAGCUCGGCUGCAGGAGAUGCUGGAUGCGGAACAGGCGAGGGCAGAGCCUGCAGAGGGUGAGGCGAUCCAAUUCUCCUCCGUGCCACUCAUCCCUCUCCAUAUCACCCAUUCCCCCACUUCCCACACUUCCCUACCCCAGGACAAGGCAGAAAAAGGACGACAGGCGCUGGAGUGCCAGCUGGCGGAGGCAAGAGAGGAGGUGGAGCGGCGGGGUAGGGAGAUUGCGGCACGCGGCAGGGAGAUAGCUCGGCUGCAGGAGAUGCUGGAUGCGGAACAGGCGAGGGCAGAGGCUGCAGAGGCGGAGGUGAGGACGAUGGUGGCGGAGCGGGAGGAGCAGCGGGAGGAGCAGCAGCAGCACUUGGUGAAGAUGAAGGAGCUCUCUGUGCUGCCUGACGUGCUCAGCCAUACGCCCACUGCUGCUUCUGCUGCUGCUGCGGGGCCUGUACUGUGUGCUCGGUGUGCGGGGAGAGUGGAGGCAUCAGGAGGCAUUCCCGUGUCCCCUUCGUCCCUCCGCUCCCUUGCCUCUCCCUCCUCCCGCCGGCCUCCCCCGUUUGCUGUAUCUCCCAGGAGAACCCCUACUGCCGCUGCUAGAGAUGAGGCUAGGGUGUUUACCAGUGGCGCCGCCGCCGCCGCCGCCACUGCUGCUGCUGCUGCUGCUGCUGCUGCUGCUGCUGCCAGUGCUGCGUCUGUUGACCCGUAUGCUGACCAUGCAAGGAGGCCUGUGCAAGGCGAGGGCGAGGGAGAGGAGGGAGAGGAGGAGGGAGUGGAGGAGGUGAAAGAGGUGGCAAUGGAGGGGGAUAGGGAGAAGGAGUGUGUUGUCUUGGGGGUGGAGGGCGGCGCAGACAGGACGGCGCUUGCCAACCAUUUCCUGCCGCCCAUUUUGGAAAGAUCUGCACAGAGCGAGGCGGAUCUAGUGGAGGCAGAAGAGAGGGCCGGGAACAGAGGCAAGGACGGCAGUGGGGACGAGGAGCAGGAGGAGCAAGGUCAGAGGAAGCAGCAGCAAGCUCAGGAGAAGGGGCAAGAGCAGGAGCAGGUGCAGGGAGGAAAGGGCGAGGGGCGAGGGGAAGGGGCAGCAGCAGCAGCGGGAGGCGAGGAGCACAAGGGAGGGAAGCCGCGGCCUGUGUCCCCUCUAUCAGCCGGUGCCAGUGCCAUCCGCGAUAGACUCACUCUGGACGUGGGCGCUGGCAGCACCACCAGCUCAGGCUGGCAGGUCCCCUCAGAGGACGGUGACUUAGACCACGACGGGGGCUCAGCAGCGGAGCAGGACAGAGGGCCCUUGAGUGCUGACCGGGGCCCUCUUAGUUCUGAGAGACCCAGGAGAAUGUCGGCUGGAGCAGGAGGGGGUGGAGGGGGAGGGGGGGCGGGAGGGAAGGAGUUUGGACGGUAUGGGAGUAGCUCGUUCCGGGGCUCGCCGGCCCGGGAGUUUGAGGGGGGGGCGCGGGUGGGGCGAGGGGAGGAGGGGUCGUGGAGUGGGAGGAAGCUGGGCGGAGUGGGGUCGAGAUCUGCCCGGAUCGGGGCUAGUGAGGCGUCACCGAGGGGAGGGGUUGGGAUGGGGAUGGGGACUCCGCCCACGCCUGGGACGAGUGGGGCGGGGACGCCGAGGGGGAAGAGUCUGACGUUUUCGGCGAGCAACUUUGAUAAGAUCCUUGCUAGCAUGCAGCGCGAAGUGGAGAUUGCACAGAAGAUGCGAGAGGAGAACAACUGGCUGCGAGCAGCCUACAAAGAGGCAGUGCACAAGGCAGAGGUGGCGGCAGCACUGGCGGGCGCAGAGAGGGCGCGGGCGGAGGAGGCGGAGAGGAAUGUGGCAGCAAGGGAGGAGGAGAUGCGGGAGGCCCUGGUGCGAUGCCAUGAGCUGCAGGAGAAGCUGCUCGGCAAAGCGCGGGAGGUGCGCACGCUGAGUCAGAGGCUGAUCGCCUUCCAGGCCAGCAUGGCCAACGCCAACCCCGCCAUGCCCAUCGACAAGCAGCAGGAGGUGCUACUGAACGAGAUCGCAGUCAGCCGCUUCCCCUUCGGUCCACAAGGCCAGCCAGUCGCAGCGUGUGUGGUGUUCCGGUCGCUGCUGCACUGGCGCACGUUCCAGGCGGAGAAGACCAACGCGUUUGACCGCAUCAUCGAGACCUUCCAGAUGGUCUCGCGCUCCGAUGACAUGAGCACGCUCAGUUACUGGCUCAGCAACCACGUUGUACUUCUGUACCUCGUGCAGGUGGUGUACAAGGCGCCAGCAGAGAAGCCCAAGUUGGAGCGCGUCACCACGUUUGGCUUCUUCGGUGCUCGCCCCCCCACUCCGCCGCGGCCCAGUGCAACGAUGCAGCAGGUGGAUCUGAUGCUGUUCAAGCAGCAGCUGGCGACCGGCAUCGAGCGGCUGUAUGUGACCAUCCGCGACAGCGCCAAGACGGAGCUCGCCGUCCACUUCAACCCGCAGGCACGAGGAGCAGAGGUGGAAGCAGGAGAGGGAGGAGAACCGGGGGAAAACGGGGGAGGAGGGCCGGGGAUCACCCCGACAGGGGCGAGGGGGAGGGGGCGGGGAGGGCGGGCGCUGCAGCGCAACGCAGCGACAGCGAUGCGGAAACACAUCAUAUCGUCGUGGACCAACGUGGUCAUCACUCUGCGCCACAUCAUCGGGAACCUCGUGGCCAAUCACGUGCCGGCAGCCCUGCUGGACGCGCUGAUUCGCCAGCUGCUGUUCUUCGUCAACAUGAAGAUAUUCAACAGCCUCAUGGUGCGAGCGCAGUGGUGCCCCUGCACGUACAGCAACGGCGAGAUGAUGGAGGAGGGGCUGAGCCGUCUGGAGCAGUGGGUGCAUGACGUGGAGGUGCAACUGAGGGAGGUGCUGGGGGGGGAGAGAGAGCCCCUAAGGAAGGAGCUGCGGCACCUGCAGCAGACCAUUCUCUUCCUGACCCUGGACCACAAACCACGGCGUACAUUGGAGGAACUACGCAUGCUGUGCCCUGAUCUGAGCAUGAACCAGCUGGUGCACAUGUGCAUCUGGUACGAGGACGACAAGUAUGGCACCAAGGGCGUGGACCCCAGUGUGAUCGAGCAGAUGUGGAGCGAGAUGGUGGACGACAGCCCCAUGCUGCUGCGAGAUGGUGAAGGCAUCCCCUUCACAACGGACGAGAUUGUGCACAGCCUACCCGAGAUAAACCUGGACGAGGCCUAG